UUUGAAGCGUAAAGUGACUUUGACAGCGAUCAUCAGCUUGCGGGCAACGCAUUAUUAUUCGCGAUUUGAAUUGUUUUGCUUGAGAUUUUCCGAGACAAAAGUGCAUCAGCAAUUAGCUUAUACAAAUUAUGGAGGAGCUACUCAGCGAAGUUGUCCCCCAGCAGGAUUUAGAGAAAUUCGAAAAGAAGUACCAUCAGGAAUUGGAUCAACAGUCGGUAUCACACAGAACACAAUUUGAGUAUGCUUGGUGUCUAGUGAGAAGUAGUUAUGCGCCCGAUAUACAAAAGGGAAUUCUAUUGCUGGAGGAUUUAAUGACACGAGAUGCUGACGGAAAACGCGACUACAUCUACUAUCUUGCCAUUGGCAAUGCACGAAUUAAACAAUAUUCCUUAGCCAUGAAGUUUUGCAAAGCUUUUCUACAAAUAGAACCAAAUAAUCAACAAGUUAUAUCAUUAGAGCAAUACGUGAAAGACAAACUGGAAAAAGAAAGCUUGAAAGGCAUAGCAGUGGCUGGAGGGGCAGCUUUGGCACUUGGCGGUCUUAUCGGUUUAGGAAUAGCGCUCGCAAAAAAGAUUGUAUAAGAUUAAGCAGUUAUCGGAACUGUUACCACCGACAUACCUGAUAGCCAAUGUUACUGAUAGACUUUAGACGAAUAAUGAAAACUUUUUAAGUGAUCGUUCGAAUAUGUGAUUACUGAAUGCAAAAUCAAGCAUACAUUGCAGUCUGUUACUCGACUACAGCGAUAAUUCCAUGACUGCAGACGAAAACCACAUCAAGGACUCGAAUAUAUAAUAUUUUAAGAAGUUCUUUUUUUGCGGCUCAUGGGAUAAUUUUGGAGAUUGAAAUGGUUCAGGAUUCGAAUUAGCUCCGAGAUAAAAGAGGUUGAUAUAGUCAUUCACUGAGUUAAAUUCCAUCCUCGAGCCGCCAAUAACCUUCCUGAUAAAAGUAAAAUUUUGCAUAUUUUUGUAAUUACCAAAGUAGAAAAUAAAUUACAUAUGAAACCUA